GUACCUAGUGUUAGAUGAAGCAGAUCGUAUGCUGGACAUGGGUUUUGAACCACAGAUUCGUCGCAUUGUUUUGGAGGACAACAUGCCACCAACAGGGAACAGGCUUACUUUGAUGUUUUCUGCAACAUUUCCAAAAAAAGUGCAGGAAUUGGCCAGAAAGUUCUUGGAUAAUUAUAUUUUUCUUGCUGUUGGCCGUGUUGGUAGCACAUCAGAAAACAUCACUCAGAAAAUAGUGUGGGUGGAUGAAUUAGAUAAACGUUCCUUCUUGUUAGAUCUCUUGAAUGCAGCAGGAUUAAAAAAUGCUAACCCACCUCCUGACUCUCUGACUUUAACCUUUGUGGAAACCAAGAAAGGUGCAGAUGCACUGGAGCACUUUUUAGCUGAAGAAGGUUACCCAGUAACAAGUAUCCAUGGUGAUAGAUCUCAACGGGAGAGAGAAGAUGCAUUGUGGUCUUUUCGAUCAGGUCGCACACCUAUUCUUGUAGCUACAGCUGUUGCUGCUAGAGGUUUGGACAUCCCUAAUGUGAAACAUGUGAUCAACUUUGACCUUCCAAGUGAUGUUGAAGAAUAUGUUCAUCGUAUUGGUCGAACUGGAAGAGUAGGAAACCUAGGCUUGGCAACUUCAUUUUUCAAUGAAAAGAACCGAAAUAUGGCCCUGGAUUUAGUGGAGCUUAUCACAGAAACAAAACAGGAGUUGCCAGACUGGCUAGCUGCAUUAGCCAAAGAAGUUCAGACAGAACAGAGAGCCUCUAAUUCACGUAGAUAUGGAGGUGGUGCUCGCAGGUAUGGAUCUGGUGGCUUUGGUGGCCGGGACUUCAGACAGUUUAAUACUCGUGACCCACGUGGAGGAGGUGGAGCUCGAAACCUGAUGACUAACAGCUUCCAGUCUCCAAGUUAUGGAUAUGGAGCCAACCAAUUUGUCAGCACAUAUAAUCGUGGCAAUUAUGGUGGAAAUUAUGGCUCUGGAACAGAUUGGUGGGGAAACUAGUUUUUUUGCUUCUGGCAACAGCAUGUUAGUUUCAUUGUAUGAAAUGGAGUUUCUAGCUACCACAUUGUAGAAUAAAUUUGAAACAGGUUUCUGUGAAAUAGGGAAAGCACAGUUUCUAUAUACAACUAGAAUGUCCUGGGCUCUGGUGGUUGUCAGAGUCUACUGUUUAGCACAAACUUUUCUCAAGGUUAACCAACAGUUGUAUAUUAUUUAUGUAUGCUAUUUAUUGACACUAAUUCUGUUAAUAAUGUUAUGUCAUUGCCUACAGUGUAUCACAGUGAGAAUGACCGAGUAGCAGAAUUGUAAUUCACUGUGUGGCUUUUCCUGCCUUUAGGUUGUAUUAAAUAUCACAUUUUGUGUAGUAUGAAAGAUGUUAGGCUAUUUUUAAAGUGCCUAACUGAAGUAAGAUGUGUUAAGAGAUUGGUUUCAAUGAGAACCUGUUUUUUUUACUCUAGUAGUUUGUGUCAUCAUACAACAGAUGUUGCUGUUGCCAGUAUUAAAACUUUUGUUUUUGCUAUUUUUGAUUAUGCUUUAAUUGUAGGACUUGUACAUUUUUCUGCUGUCCCCAUUGCUGCAGAAAGUAGCUGUUUUUUUAAAAACCAAGCCUAUGAAAAAUUAAACUUGGGCUAUAAUCAUUAAAACAGUUCAAAUAGUUUCACUGGUGACCACACCUAAAUGUAUCAGUUAGAAAAUAUUAAGAGUGUCAACUCAUAAUGUUCAUGUUUUAUAAUAUUUAAUGACUUCCCUGUGAGAUCUGAAGUUUGGCUUUUGGCUAGUUUUAUAUUAAAAAUAUGACCAACUAAAACCUUGUGAAACACUAUUCAGCACGAUUGUAAUAAAAGCUGUAAUAUUUUAUAAGUUACUGCAAGUAUGUUUUGUUGUACAGGUUCUUGUUUUGGAAACUCAUACCGAAGCAUUCCAAAACUAGUGUGUGAUAGGAAAGAUUAAAAUGACAUGAAGCAUGUUGGAACGUAAAUAACUUGUUAUUACUUUUUCUUACAUGAUAUCUUGCUUUUCUUUGCUUUAAAUUCACUUUUUUGUACAAGCUAGUUUAUUUAAGUAUGUAAUCACGUUUUUGGAGCAGUGUUUUAAAACUUUUUUUCAUAUAUUGAUUCAUUUUGAUAUAUUUGCUUUCCAAUUAAAUCAUGUUUAUUGACUUUCUAAGUUCAUUUUACUUGUACAUAAUUACACUAUGCUGUAGUGUUUCGUUUAAUUUAAAUUUGUCAUAAGCUUAAUAUUUGUUGACAUGUUUAGGAGAGGUGGAGCUUAUCAACUAAUAAGUUUUUGUCCAAUUUCAGCUUUUCACAUUUGAUGUGAAUUCUAAACAAUUCCAUUGUUUGCUCUGAGUGUUUUAUGUGUGCAGUUGUCCAUGUAAAUAUUUAAAUCUGCUAUAAAAUAUGUUUUGUCUAAACCUAAUAUCUGGAGUUUAGAAAAAUUAAGAAGACUAAAAAUUACGUCCAUGAAAGCAAAUUAUUAAUUUGUUUUACAUCUUUGCAGUUGUGUUAAGAGUUGAUAUAUUUUAGAAUAGGUUUUUCUCUGAAAAGCAAACAAUGUUGUUGUUUCUAGCUAAAGAAAAGUUUGCAUUGCUCUUAUGAAAGCUUUAUACUUGAAGAAACGUGAUAAGCAUUUUAGUCAUAUUUUGUGAAACUUUUUUUAUCCCAUGUGACAUAAUUUUAUUUAUGUAUCAUUUCACCAACUUAGCCUGUUUUAACUAUAUGUAGAGUGUAUUUAAAAGCUUACUCUUGUUUUCAACAAGCAUUUAGGUGUGGAACUGUUUACUUUUAAAACAUCCAGUGUAGGCAGCAAGGGGACCGAAUAUAGUUGUUUAUAAACUGUAUUUAUCACGUAUCAUUAUGUAGUUAACUUGGUAGUAGUACUUUGUGUCUUUGGAUGGGCGUUUUGAAGAUUAAUAGAUUUUUUCCAGAAAUAAAAUGUUUUUUUGCCGUUCCAAGAGUUUAACCCCCUCAACCAUCAGUAGCAAGAUUAAGCCUAGGAGAAUGGACACAAGAUUUAGUUCUUGAUCAUUCAUUUUAACCAAGUAGAACUGGAGAAUCAACCCCAUAAAAGGUUUGGAUACCAAAAUUCAAAUCAAGCAUGCAGUUUUUAUCCAUCUUCUGGGGUGAAAUAAAAAUAAGUAUAGUGAAAUCAACUAAGUUCUGCUAAUUUUGUAUAUGGUUGAUGCUAAAUUUGUCAAAGUUUGCAGGGGGGGAAGCCUAUGUUCUCAUACUCAUUUCUGUUAAUGUUGACAAGUUGUAGUUCUACACACUUUUGCAAUGACUUGAAACAGUAAUAAUUACUCAGCAUCCAGUAAACCUUAAUUUUUUUGUAUUGAAUAGUUCUAUGAAAAAAGAUCCUGUAUAUGACAUAUAUAAUAUUAUGCAUCAUGUGAUGGGCUGCUCAGUUAAAGGCAGGGUUAAUUGUUGUAGUGCAGAGACCUACCUAGUGUAUUCUUUGAUUUGUUAGGAAAUGCUUGUACAGUUGAAUGGAAACUGUAGUGAGGGACCAUAUUAUCAAUAAAAAAGUAGUCUCACUUACUGUUUCUUUUUUCUUUUUUUUUGUGGUUGUGUUGUAAGCAAACAAAUAUUGAGUGAUCAACUGAUGUAUUUUAUGAAUGAAAAAACAUAUGGUUCUUAUAGGUUUGCAUUAUAUGCUUAUUUUUGAAUUUUAUUUGUAUUCUGUCUGAAGUAUAUAGAAGUAAUUAAAAUAUGAAAUAACUAAUUUAAAUGGGUUAUUUUCUAUGUUCAGUGGUCAUGGAUUUUAACCAGUAGUCAUUCCAUAAUCUCAAAAACAAAAUUUGAGUGUAAUGAUAUUUAUUUAGUUUCUCUGUAUUUGUAUAACUGACUUAGUACAAUAGUUUGUAUAUAUGUACAUGUAUAAUUACAUAUCGCAAAAUACCGAAGAAGAAAAGUCUGAAAAGUUUUCAAGAUCUAAAACAAAUUUUUUCCAUACAAUUUAUUUUUAACCAUAGGUGUUUAAAUUAUAAAGGUAGCUAGUUCAUAUCAAAUAAAAAAAAUAUUAUUUAGCUGUUGUGCAUUGUGUAGUGUAGUUUAAAAACAGUCUAGCUAAUAGCAUUGCUCUCAUUUAAUAUAACAUUAUAGUUUCUGAGCUUGGUUUUUCAGUUCUUCUUUAAUUGUAAAAAUUAGUUUUUAUUACAUUUUGUUUAUAGUUGUGUGGAGUAAAAGAUGCUUGACAGCCCAAGCUUUAGUCUUAAAAUAUUUUUUUUUGUAACUUUUGGAUGAUAAAUACAAAUUGAAUACUGGAAAGUAGAUCUAAAAUACAGUUUUACCCAUGAGCUAUGUUGUUAAGUAGUAUGAAUAGUUAGGCUACAUUAUUAGUUUUGUGGUUUAUUUCUAGUCUAAAGUUAGGUUAGAUGGUAUUUAGUACUGUUAAAUCUGAGUUUGUAUUGUUUUAGCAUUGUAGUUUAAUAACCAUUGAUAUUAAAAAUUAAUAGUAUCUUGUUUGUAAUUGUUUUUGUUUGUUUUUAUUAAUAUUCGGAGAACCUGAUGCUACAUUAAACAUUAAGCUUGCCACUUUUUUUCUUUUGUUGCACAUUUAUCGUAUUUGAUUAUUAAAGAAUCGUUGUUUAGUAAAAUAUACUCGUGGCAAAUCGUAUCGAUGAUGUUUUAACAAACUUUUUGCAUGUGUAUGAUUUUAUCUAAUUCAGUAUUUAAGAGUGCCAUCUAGAGUUUGUUAUUUUUGUGUCAUUUUGAUAUUGGAGCAUGUUUAAAAUGCAAACUAUUGUUGUGUGUGAUAUGGUGUGUGCAUUUAGAAUAACCAGUGCCUUAAAUAUUCCCAUACCAUUUAAAAAGUGUACAUAAACAGUAGCUGGUGUUUGUAACUUUGAAACCGUAAAGUUGAUCUUAAGGAUUUGUGUUUGUUUGUGAUUGUUUCAAAGAUUAGUAGUUAUUUUGUAAAAACAGCAUAAUAUACAGAAGAAACAAAUGAGUAAUAUAAUUGAUUGUAAACAUCUCAAUUGAUUUUGAAUGUAAACAAUGAUGAGUGAUAUUUUUAAUUGUAUAUUUGAAGAAUUGCUAAUUCUGAAACAAAUGAACAUGUUAAUGUACGUGUUUGUGUGCGGAUGCAUGUGUGCCUGAACUAUUACUAGUUAACAGUAAUUAAAGUGCUCAAUUAUGCUGCUGUUUAAAUCACACAAGAUAUUUGUUUUCAUUUCUGUAUUCAAAUAAAAAAUAGUUGUUAUCUGGAGAAUUGACUUAUUGGGUGCUUAACACCAACACCAGUGUCUUGCCUAAUUAUACUUUCCUUCAGACAUCAUUGCAUGUAUAAUAUAAAUAUCUUAAUCUGUAUAUAGAAAACUCAAUUUCCUUGUUCCUAUGCUCUGUGGUGCUCGAUCUCAGUAUUGUCAUUUCACUUCCAUUUAUUCUUGGAGAUUUCUGAUCUCUAAAUUAACAGGUUUUCUAUAUGAGAAAUUAAAAAAUUAUACUUCUAAGAAAGGAGCCUAAUAUGUUAUUUUCUCGGUUGUAUUAUUAGUGUUGGCUUUUGUUUACUUAUCUCAAGGAAUUAUUGAAAUUUCUACAUGGCUACGUCUUCCUCAUUUCUUAGAGCAAUUAAAAACUAAAUUAGAGGUGCUGGUUUUUCAUAGUCAUUGUGAUUGCUAUGAUAAAUAACUACCUUACCAAUCUCCAAAAUGGAUAGAAUAAUAUACACUACGUGUUAUUAAAUGUUUAGAAAAUUGGUGCAAGAAAUUAUUUUACCAUAUAUUCUUAGUAUACCAGCAUGUUGUAAAUUUAGUACCAUGCAGAUACAUUAACACUAAGAUGAUUCAGCUGAGGUUGUGGAUUUUUCUGGUGCAUCACGGUAGCUUAUAUUUGUUGCUAGGAGCAGAUAAAGUCUGAUUAGAUAAAAAGUUCAUCAGUUGUAAGGGAGAUGUUUCAUGUCAAUAAGUUAAUGGGGUUGAUGGGUGGGGUUGGGAGGGGUUGACUGGGAGGUCUCUGCAUGAAAAAUCAUAAGCUUGUUAUUGCCCAUCACAUAUCAAGUAUUUAUUGUAGCUAAUAUGGAAUGGGUGGAAUGGCCACUUAUUAUCAGUAAAAAAAAACUUCAUAAACUGAAAAAGAAGUGAAGUUAUUCUACAGGUCUUUUCUUUGGCUGUCAAAAGUGAAAACCUAAAUAUAAGUAACAAACAUAUUAAUAAUGGUUUCACCAAUGGAAAAUCCUUUUUCAUAACUUCCUUAGAACUGUAAAAAAAUACUUUAUAUGAACAUGUGCAUUGUUAUUCAUAUUUGUAAUUCCAAUUGUUUUUGAAACUAUAACUAAAUUUGAAGUGUACAAAAAUUAGGAAAUGUUACCAAACUUAACUUCUUGUGGUCCAGGAUGAUGUUUAGUAUUAAGUGAAUUGCUGCAUCUGAUAGUUAUUUGUCACCUGCAGAAGUUCUCGUUAGUGUACCAUCCACAGAAUCUUUUGAAUUGAUGCCACAGUUAUAAUUGUCCAUUCAUUCCAUACUAGCUUUUCAAUAUCUCUCAGACUGCUCAUGGUAACUUUUUUAUGUUGAUUUUCUGCCAUGUGGCAGAUUUCAUGGUGUAAAUGUAUUUCAGAGUGUUCAGCUAUGUCACAUCCUUGACUCGAGGGAUGAUGGACAUUUAAAUCCUACCAAAGUCUCACUCACGUUUAAGCUAUGGGACUUUGCUAGUAUAUCCUGUGAUGUAAUGGCUUCCUUUUUUGUUCUUGUCAAAAGGUAAACAAUUUAUGGGCCAAAUAAUUGUUGGCUCUUCCACUAAAGGAAAUGUUUUUAUUUGUACAUAGGCAUUUUAUGAACAAGAUGGAAUGGCAAAAAAAAAAAUCUUUCUAUUUUUAUUUUUUUUUGUAUUUAAUGGUAACUUUUUUUUUUUCAAUUGUAUUUGUCCUCUGCCUUGAAGUGUUGGAAAUUGGCAGAGGCUUGGAUUUGUACCAGUGUAAUCCCUUUGAAGUUUCCAUUAAAAAGUAUAUACUUAACAAA